AUGCUGUCUUCAUCGCUCCCAUGGCGCCUGGUUGCCUCGAAGAAUGAGAAGAAGUGGAACCGCUUCAACUGCAUUGAGCUCCGCCGACAGAAGAUGGUGAUCAUCGGCUACGGUGACAUCGGUCAAGCCUGUGGCGAGAAGGCCACCGCGCUGGGCAUGGAGGUGACCGGCAUCCGUCGCAGCGGCGACAACAAGGCGGACAGGUUUGGCGUCAUGGUGCGCGGCAAUGACGCGCUUGACGAGUCGAUCCGCGAGGCUGACUUUGUGGUGGGUGUGCUGCCCGGCACGCACGACACGAAGCACUUCUUCAACAAGGAGUUCUUUGCAAAGAUGAAGCCGAGCGCCGUCUUCAUCAACAUCGGCCGAGGCAUGUCCCAGUGCGAAGCCGACGUCGCCGAGGCCCUCAACAAAGGCAUCAUCCGCGGUGCUGCUCUCGAUGUGUUCGAGGUGGAGCCACUGCCAUUGUCGUGGCGAUUGAGGGCUAUGCCAAAUGUCGGGAUGUUGGUGACAGUGAAUUGCAAAAGGAUGAUAGCGAAGUUUCGCUGCACGGCGCAGAGCAUUUUUAUCCACUACACCUAA